CUUACUCCAGGAACUCAGAGCCAAGGCCUGCCCGAGCCGCAGCUGAGAUGGCAGAAGCCCCUGUGGAUGCCGGGACUCAGCCCAUAACUGUGAAGAAAAAGAAAAGCCUGUCUAUCGAAGAAAAGAUUGACAUCAUAAAUGCAGUGGAAAGGGGAAAGAAAAAGGCAGACAUUGCAGCUGAAUAUGGAAUAAAGAAAAAUUCGUUGUCUUCCAUUAUGAAAAACAAAGACAAAGUUCUAGAAGCCUUUGAGUCUUUGAGGUUUGAUCCAAAGAGAAAAAGACUGAGAACGGCGUUUUAUACGGAUCUGGAAGAGGCACUGAUGAGGUGGUAUCGGAUUGCUCAGUGUCUAAACGUGCCAGUUAAUGGUCCAAUGUUGCGUCUAAAAGCUAACGAUUUUGCCCAGAAGCUGGGACACAAUGAUUUUAAGUGCAGCAAUGGUUGGCUGGAUCGUUUUAAAUCCAGGUAUGGCUUAGUAUUCCGAGCACAACCUGUAGAAGCCACAGGUGCAUCUAUAGACCCGUCCACUGUGUGGUACCAGAAUGUGCUACCUUAUUACCUAAAUGAUUAUCAUCCUAAAAAUGUUUUCAAUGUAAAAGAGACUGGACUGCUUUAUCGAAUGUUACCUACAAAUACUUUUGCAUUCAAAGGAGAAACGUGUUCAAUUGGAAAGUUGUGCAAAGACAGGAUUACGCUGGCACUGGGUACAAAUAUGGAUGGCUCGGAGAAGCUCCCUUUGCUUAUCAUCGGGAAAAACCGAGCCCCGCGUUGUUUCAAAGGCAUAAAAUCAUUGCCUGUGUAUUAUGAAGCUAACAGAACGGCGUGGAUGACCGCAGCCAUAUUCGAACAGUGGAUGCAGAAACUGGAUGAGAAAUUCCAAGCCCAGAAACGAAGAGUGGUGAUUUUUGUUGAUUCUUGCCCAGCACAUCCAGAAGUGAAAAACCUAACGUCCAUUGAGUUAGCUUUCUUCCCAUCAUGCUUGUCUUCCGGGUUUGCAGCUAUGAAUCAAGGUGUUAUUAAGAGCCUUAAAAUCAAAUAUCGGCAUUGUCUUAUCAAGAAGUUUUUAAGUUCAGUCGAAAGUAGCAAAGAGUUUACAUUUUCUCUACUAGAUGCAAUUGAUACAUUGCAUCUCUGCUGGAGAGCUGUAACUCCCGAGACCAUUGUUAAAAGCUAUGAAGAGGCAGGAUUCCGGUCUCCAAAGGGAGAAAAUGACACAGCAAUUGCAGAAGAUGCUGCUGCUCUUGACCUGACUGCCCACGCAGUAGGGGCAGGAGUGGAAUUUCUUGAAGGCUUGUGCAUAGAGGAAUACGCUGCCCUGGAUGAGGACCUGGAGACUUGUGAAGCCCCCCCAAAAGAUGGUGCAGAGCCGGCUGGAGAAAGUAAGCAAGAUGAAACUGGUUUUUAUACUUCUGAUGAAGAGGAGGAGGACAGCGGAGCGCUAGAAGUGGACCUGCCGUUACCAACCAAGAACGAAGCGCUCGCAGCUGUAGGCAUUCUGAAAAGGUUUCUUAGAAGUCAAGACAUGAGCGAUGAACUUCACAGUUCCUUAGCAGACGUUGAAAACUUUAUUAACGCUUUGUCACCUAAGUAG